AUGGCGCAAAGGGUAGGUUUUAAAUCUCCAACACUUACCUAUACAAAUCCACUAGGAGGGCCUCCAUAUCGAUAUCCUCUUGUCAGUGGUGGCUACAUUACAAAGUAUUCAUAUCUAAGCCGUUUUAUUUGACAUUUUUGCAGUAGCCUACCUUUACUCUUCAAGUGGAGUGACAGCCUCAGUUUAACCGACGGUCUCCGCGGCAUUUGUGGAGCAGUUUUUAAAGGGACUCCUAAUUAAUUCUGUGUUUUGCCAAAGUAACCCAUCUUCGGGGAUUCAGAACUUUUGAAUGUUUUUGGUAAUUACAAACCUUAUCAAUGUAUUCAUAGUUUAGCCAUGGCGAGUGCCUUUUCUGUUAAAGCAACAGGAAUGGCACAAGGAUUAGGCUACUUUUUCCAAUGCUUGUGUAGUUUCACUAUAUCGCUUUGACUAUAGCCAACUGUGACUUCAAUGUUGCAAUGUAACUAUAUGUACAUUUUGGGCACAUUUACGCGUGAGUUUCUAUCCUCUGACUUUGUUGUUGUUUUAUUCCAGUACGAUGAGCUGGCCCAUUAUGGUGGGAUGGACGGAGUCGGGCUCCCGGCGUCUAUGUACGGAGACCCGCAUGCUCCACGGCCGCUACCCCAAGUCCAUCACUUGAACCACGGACCACCGAUCCAUGCCAGCCAGCACUACGGUGCUCAUGCACCCCAUCCCAGCGUUAUGCCCAAUAGCAUGGGCUCCGCUGUCAACGAUGUUUUAAAGAGGGAUAAAGAUCAAAUUUAUGGGUAGGUGGACUAUAAUUACAUACCUUAUUAUUCAUCUAUUUUAGGCUUUCAGGGUGAUUUGACUUAUGGAAGUUUUACUUGUUGCAAAAGUUAACCCAGAGUAUAUGCAUUAGCAAGUUUAGUUUAGACAAUUUCAAGCAUUAUUUUGUGUUUGGAAAAAGUAUUGUCAAAACCUAGAGGUCUAAAGUGUAUCAGUCAUCUGAUAUUAUCAUAUCUUAUAUUUUAAAAGGAUUAUGGAUAACCAUUAUAGUACAAUUAAAACUAAGCCUUUAUUAAAUAGAAGGAUACAUGUUAUUGGCACAUUGUAACACUGGCUUGAACACCACAACAUUAUCGUUAUGGAUACUUGUAAACAGUUGAAAGUUCGGAGUAUAUUUUUGGUAUAAUCCCCAUAACAUUAUAAAUGCCAUUACUAGUGAAUGCUUUAGUGUCUGUGCGUAAAAUACAUUGGAAAAAUAUAAGACAAACACAUAUGGUGUAACUUGUAAACAGUGCAUUUUGCCAUCGAUGUGCACAUAGCUUAUUCAUAAGCUGUUUACAAAGUAGGCUACUUUAUGGAUGAAUUUACAUUUCAAAAAAGUUAUCUUAGUCAAAACCUUGGCAAGUAUAGUCUAUAUUCCUGACACAUUUUUUACUGUUUACACUCCUAGCAUCGUUAGUUUUACGCUAAACUUUAGCUUGCUGUGUUGCCGUGUGAUUAGCUUGUGUUAAGCCUGUGUGGAGGCGCUGGAUGCGGGGUUGUGCUCAGGCUCUGUUUCCCCUCUUACAGUCACCCAUUAUUCCCGCUGCUCGCGCUGGUUUUUGAGAAGUGCGAGCUGGCGACGUGCACUCCGAGGGAGCCUGGGGUAGCAGGCGGCGAUGUCUGCUCCUCCGACUCCUUCAACGAGGACAUUGCAGUCUUUGCCAAACAGGUCAUUUUUUAUAUAUUUACUAAAAACCUAAUACGAUUUUCCAAGUGCUUAUGGCACACGUAUCUACUUGUUAACUUUUUACACAUUUCACUUUUGGGAAUUGUUAAGUUAAAGUCGAACAUUUGAAAAUAAAAGUGUGUUAUAGGCUAUACAGUCGAAGUUAACACGUGAAUUCAUUGGUGAUAUUGACUCAUUCAUGUUUACACCGUAUGAAAUGCAAAUGUAAUAGAACUUUGAAUUAUGUUUUAUUUAUUAUACAAUAGCCUAUUAUUGCACUAAAGUCAAAUAUUAUUUUUGGAAUGGAUUCAUGACUAAAUGCACUCGACGCCUGUAAGAAGUAAUUAACCCCCCAUCUUUGGUGUUAUUGUAGGUCCGAGCAGAAAAACCUUUAUUUUCAUCAAAUCCAGAGUUGGACAAUUUGGUAAGCACUAUGCAGGACCACCAUUUGCCUUUCAAUUCCCUUGUUGGUGUGACUGUUAGUUACUCUUACUUAGCUUGUUUUGUGGACUUAAAUCAUGCUCUUGUGUUCUCGGCAUCGCAAAGUAAAUAUGUGAGGAUUUGAUGCAAAAGCACAACACAGAUGUUAGAUAGGUUUCUUUGAAGUGAACAAGGGGAAGCUCUGAGGGGUCUCGAGUGGCACAGCAUUACGGUGCCUACAGGAGGCCGAGAGGGAAGCCUGUGAUUAGGCUAAAAAGCGCUGGGACUGUCGCUGGGCGAAUCCUGCUCCAAUGCACCAUGGCCACUCAUUGGGAGCAAUGUGGCUGCAUCUGCCGCUGUCAUAGUUCAGUCGCUGCCUAAGUAGCUCACAUAAAUUGGCUCGGUUGACCAAAUGUGUCUUGCCUAAUUCAGUUGUCAGAUAAUCCUACAUUUGUAUUUUCCAAAUCUUAAAUGAAUAGCCUAUACAAUAUCACACACCACGAUAAGUGUGGGAAGCAUAACUUUGUUUUACUCGAGAACCCCAUAGCACAAACUUAAAGAAAGUGCACGUGUGUUUUUGUUCUAUGAAGUGAAAAUAAAAUAAUGUGUAGCAUUUUGCUUACCAUUAUACUUUCAUAAUUUUACGCCACCAGAAAUGUAGAUUUUUAUUCUUGUUUAUUCCUGUUUUCAGAUGAUACAAGCCAUACAAGUAUUACGAUUUCACCUUUUAGAAUUAGAAAAGGUAAACAUUUUUACAAUUAAUAUUUUGUAUUGUGUGAUUAUAGUAUUUGAGACGUGAUCAGCAUUAGAUUCUGCAUGCAUGUGGCCCCGUAUAAAUCGUAUAGUAGGCUAGCCUAGUUUGUUGCACAAAUGUAAAAGUUUGACAAUAUUUGAAUUUAGCUGAAAAUUAGUUCAUAUUGCAUGAGCUGUAACACAUUAUUCUGAGACAAAUAUUCAUAUGAAAAAAAUGUAAAUACUAUCAUGUUUAAUUGUCAUACAGAGACUCAUAAUAUAAUUCAGAGUGAUUGGAUUGAAUUGAAUUCACACUCUUGGGCCUAUAAAUACACUGACCAUAUUGAUAAUGCUUUGUCGUUGUUGUUAUGCUAAUAUCACAUAUUUGAAGUCUGGAAAUUUGGCCUCCACUGGUUAUUAUCUGUCGAGUGUACGCAUGCUGUUUAUUUUUUGCCGUUCAACUUGUUGCUCUAGUCUCAAGAGAAUAAUAAGCGCUGCAACAAUUUCACUAUUGUUUCCUUGCCUUGGCCGAUAAUGCCCAAUAACUGUAGUUAGGGCCUAUUCUUGGAUUGCCUGCGUCGUUUCCCCAUCCUGAAAAACUGUAUUUCUCCUUGUUCUAGGUGCACGAACUCUGCGACAAUUUUUGCCACCGAUACAUCAGUUGUUUGAAAGGAAAAAUGCCAAUAGAUCUAGUUAUUGACGAGCGGGAUGGCAGCUCGAAGUCAGACCACGAAGAGCUCUCAGGAUCUUCGACCAACCUAGCCGAUCACGUAAGUAAUACAACAUUUUCUAUCUUUAUAAUAGUUUAUCAAAAAGUUAUAA